UUGGUAAAUUCUGAAGAACACACCGCAAGAGUGUUUUAAGGUCAGGUAACUGUACUCAGUGACAGUUCUUUUCUCAGGUUUUACUCGUAUUUGUCAGUGAUAUAAUCUGUUUUUGGCAACUUUAAUGAAUGAUGAUUUAAAUGUAACAUAUGUGACUGUUAUUGGCUAUGUGGAAGUGGAUACAUCACAUAAUAUAUAUCACGUAAUAUUUAUGGUCAGGUAACUGUAAAUGAAAUAGACUCUCCAGUACAGGUCACAUGUUUCCUCGUUUUUACUCAGAUCUGCCACUUAUACAAUCUAUAAGUCACACAGUUGUUUUUUGACAAUAUUAAUGGAUAAUGAAUUAAAUGUAACAUAUUUAACCUUUGGUGGGCAUGUGGAAGUGGACAAAUACAGAUAUCUUUAUUUUGUUGUUUUAUUUGCAGUAUAUAUUCUAAUAAUCUGCAGCAAUUCCACUAUUGUGUAUCUUAUCUGGAUUCACCAAAACCUCCAUGAGCCUAUGUACAUUUUCAUUGCAGCUCUGUUAGUAAAUGCUCUCCUUUUCAGCACUGCUAUCUACCCAAAGCUUUUGUUUGACUUUUUAUCUGAACAUCAGAUCAUAUCUUAUUCAGCCUGUCUCUUUCAGUUUCAUAUAUUUUAUUCUUUAGGCGGUUCAGAGUUCUUACUGUUGGCAGCCAUGGCCUAUGACAGGUAUGUGUCUAUAUGUAAACCUCUGCAAUAUGCCACUAUCAUGAGGAAAACAACUGUCAGUAUUAUCUUGGUUUUAGCCUGGGUUGUGCCUGCUUGUCAGCUUGCAGUGCCAACUGCUUUGAGUGCCAAAGAAAAACUCUGUAGAUUUAUUAUAAAUGGAAUUUUUUGCAAUAACUCAGUUUAUAAACUCCAGUGUGUAAUCUCAACAGCACGUCUUAUACGAGAUAUGAUCAUCCUGCUUAAUGUUGCACUUCUCCCUGUGCUUUUUAUUGUUUUCACAUACACCAGGAUACUUAUAAUAACCUAUCGAAGUAGCAGGGAAGUCCGGAGAAAAGCUGCCCAGACCUGUUUACCACACUUGAUCGUUUUGAUAAACUUUUCUUGUUUGUGUGCAUAUGAUGUCAUUAUAGUUGGACUGGAAUCUGAUUUUCCAAAGAUUGUACGUUUAAUAAUGACUUUACAGGUAAUAUUGUAUCACCCUCUCUUUAAUCCGAUCAUGUAUGGACUAAAAAUGAAAGAAAUUUCAAAACACCUCAAGAAGUUGUUCUCUCCAGCCAAAAUUAAAUAAUGUAUUGACAUAA